AAGCGAUUCUGCCACGUAUUCAUGGACAGGCAGGAAUUGCUUUGCUUUCACUUUUCGCAAUUUCAAUAGCCGUAAACACUCUUUUUUUUUCUUCAGUGGACUCUUUUUUCUAUUUCUGUAUUCUUUCGCGAGUCAAGGACUAAUUAGCACUAUCAAAUCACAAAAAAACAAAGAAGAGAUUCAUGGAUUCGAUACAUUGGAAUAGAAUUCAUGUUUGAGAAAAAUAUUAGAUCGCAGAACGUCGACGAACGCAACAGGUUCAUUAACAAUUUAUAGAUGAAAAAUAAAAUGGAAAAAAAGAAAAUAUUUAUUCCUUUUCUAUAUCUUAUAUCUAUAGUAUUUUUACCCUGGUGGAUCUCUUUAUCAUUUCAAAAAAGUCUGGAAUCUUGGGUUACUAAUUGGUGGAAUACUAAGCAAUCAGAAACUUUUUUGAACGAUAUUCAAGAAAAUAAUCUUCUAGAAAAAUUCAUCGAAUUAGAGGAGCUCCACUUGUUGGACGAAAUGAUAAAGGAAUACCCGGAAACACAUCUACAAAAGCUUCGUAUAGGAAUUCACAAUGAAACUAUUCAAUUGAUCAAAAUGCACAAUGCGGAUUGUAUCCACAUGAUUUUGCACUUCUCGACAAAUUUAAUCUGUUUCCUUAUUCUAAGCGGUUAUUCUAUUCUGGGAAAUAAAGAACUUAUUCUUCUUAACUCUUGGGUUCAGGAAUUCCUAUAUAACUUAAGCGACACAAUAAAAGCCUUUUCGAUUCUUUUAUUAACUGAUUUAUGUAUCGGAUUUCAUUCGCCCCAUGGUUGGGAACUAAUGAUUGGCUCUAUCUACAAAGAUUUUGGAUUUGCCCAUAAUGAUCAAAUUAUAUCUAGUCUUGUUUCUACGUUUCCAGUUAUUCUAGAUACAAUCUUGAAAUAUUGGAUUUUCCGUUAUUUAAAUCGUGUAUCCCCAUCACUUGUAGUGAUUUAUCAUUCAAUGAAUGACUGAAAAGACGAAAAAGGGGUAUACGGAUAUAAAUCGAAUUCGAAUUUCGAACGCGAUGUUUGUUACUUUGUACAUAAUCACAGCAUUACAAAAUUGACUUCCUCUUUCUAUUUAUACCCAUCUAAGACGGGAAGUUUCUCCCAUAUUCCAGUAAUAAACUAUUCUUUCAGUAAAUUUAGUUUUCACUUAAAGUAAAUAACAGAAUCGGGGAUAGGGAACUAUACUAGCAACCUACCCAAUUUAUUGUAGAAAUUUUCGGAAUCAAUAAUUGGACCAUGCAAACUAUAAAUACCUUUUCUUGGAUAAAAGAACAGAUUACUCGAUCCAUUUGCAUAUCGCUCGUGUUAUAUAUAAUAACUCGAUCCUCCAUUUCGAAUGCAUAUCCCAUUUUCGCACAGCAAGGUUAUGAAAAUCCACGAGAAGCAACUGGACGUAUUGUAUGUGCCAAUUGCCAUUUAGCUAAUAAGCCCGUGGAUAUUGAAGUUCCACAAGCGGUCCUUCCAGAUACUGUAUUUGAAGCGGUUGUUCGAAUUCCUUAUGAUAUGCAAUUAAAACAAGUUCUUGCUAACGGCAAAAAGGGGGGGUUGAAUGUGGGGGCUGUUCUUAUUUUACCUGAGGGAUUUGAAUUAGCCCCACCCAAUCGUAUUUCUCCAGAGAUGAAAGAAAAGAUAGGCAAUCUUUCUUUUCAGAGCUAUCGCCCCAAUAAACAAAAUAUUCUUGUAAUAGGUCCCGUUCCUGGGAAAAAAUAUAGUGAAAUUACCUUUCCUAUUCUUUCCCCGGAUCCUGCCACUAAGAAAGAUGUUCACUUCUUAAAAUAUCCCAUAUAUGUAGGUGGUAACAGAGGAAGGGGCCAGAUUUAUCCUGACGGAAGCAAGAGUAAUAAUACAGUUUAUAAUGCCACAGCAGCAGGUAUAGUAAAGAAAAUUGUACGAAAAGAAAAGGGCGGAUACGAAAUAAGCAUAGCGGAUGCCUCGGAUGGACGUGAAGUGGUUGAUAUUAUCCCUCCAGGACCAGAGCUUCUUGUUUCAGAGGGUGAAUCUAUCAAACUUGAUCAACCAUUAACAAGUAAUCCUAAUGUGGGUGGAUUUGGUCAGGGAGACGCCGAAAUAGUACUUCAAGACCCACUGCGCGUACAAGGUCUUUUGUUCUUCUUUGCAUCUGUUAUUUUGGCACAAAUCUUUUUGGUUCUUAAAAAGAAACAGUUCGAGAAGGUUCAAUUGUCCGAAAUGAAUUUCUAGAUUCGUGGAUUUAUCAAUAUCAAACUUGUAACAAGAACAAAAUUAACAAUUAUUUGACAAUAUUGGACGAUCAAUAAAUAAAAAAAUUAUGAGAAGGUUCUUUUUGUUUGUUUAUACUUUUCUUCUACAUCUACCAGAAGUUUGGAAUUACUUGAUACUAGAUUAUUACUUUUAAUAUAUAGAAGAUUGCGAAGACGACUAUUCUACUUUUUCACCUUUUCCAAUCGAAAUUUGGAUAUUAUCAUAUGAUAUUUUGGGUAUUUCAAUAUCAUAAAGUGUAUCAAAAGUCUUCUAUUUGAGAAUCAAAUUCGGCUGGAUACUAGACUAAGCGGGGAAUAUAACGAAAAGAAAAAUGAGGGGAACAAAUGAUUCUAGAUAGGAUUCUUUGCCUUCCCGGUCUUCGACACACGACAAGGAAUUUUACAAUACUUGUCGUGUGUCGAAAGAAACGUUAAUGAGUCUUGAUUCCCUUUGUCUUAGUCGGAAUUUUUAGUCUUUCGCGAGAUUGAACUCUUUUUCUUAUUAUUACACGUAACACGUAUUAAGGAGUGGACAAACUGAAAAAGUGAGAGGGAAAUAUAUUGAACAAAUGGAACUUCUUGCAUUCUAUUUAAUCUAGAAAAAUCUAGAUUCUAUUGUAUCAUUCAGUAAAUCAAAUGAUUUCUUUUUUCUAACAAUUUAGGAACGAUCAAUAAGUACUGUGGAGGAAUAUAUGUUCGAAAUGACUAAAUAAAUUUUCCAAAAA